UGCCUUCGCACGAACCAUUCGAUCGCCUGCCUCUUUCAUUCAUUCAGUCAGUGCCUUAAGUGUGUAGCCACCAAGAAGUUCACCGCUCGAGGAUAUCUCAAGUUAGUAAUGAAUACCAGUUGCAUCAGGGGAAGGUGAUGAUAUACAUUCAGAAGUAGAACGAGUGAAAAAGAAGAAGAUGUUAAGACUAGUCGUAUUUAGCACCAUCUGCUUGGGUUUCCACAACUCGCUCUAUGUGGACGCAUCAGAGAAAACUCGUGUGAUAAAAGACGAGUCGUCAUUUCGCUCUAACGAUGUAAGUUCAUCAUUCCAUUGCCACAAAAGAGCUCCUGGAUACUAUGCCGACCCCAGAUUCAAAUGUGAAGUGUUUCACUAUUGCCAUACGGAUGGGACGCGAGUGACUAUUCCAUGUUCCAAUGGCGAUCAAAAGCACAGAAUAUGCUUCCUCAAAGAUAUCGCGUCCAAAGCUUGUGAUGGCACGGAGCUAUUUCUGCCGCUGCCUGAAGACUUAUUCUUCAAACCAUCGAAAGAUACCACAGCAUCUGCUCUGAACAGCGCAACAGAAUUCAAGCUGCCAGAAGUUCUUCCUGAACCAGCCAUAUCAUCCGAAACCAGCCCCUCAACCACCCCUUUAAGUUCUGAAGACGACAGAAAAGAUAGAGAUGGAUCCUUUCUGACUUCUAGAGAAGUUGGCGGUAUUUUCGAAGUCUUCAACAGUUUCUUAAAAGAAAUCGAAACACGCCAGGACCUGGACGUGAUCUCAAAUUCAUCCUCGAGACCAAGACCGUCAACUUUCAGUCGGAGAUCUAGAUUGCCAUCGAGUCUUGAACACAAGGAUGCCCUGGUGGACGUCUCGCCCAGAAUUGAGAAAAGGAUCGAUGAAGAGGGUCCAUUCUUAGUGGAAAUCUACAAGGACGGCAGAGAUUCCAGUGAUAAUGACUACAGUCCCUAUAGAAGGAGAUCGAAAAAAUUGUUCUUCAGCUCUGACAAAAAGAUUCUUCCUGGAAAGCAUCCGAGAAAGAAACGAACUGUUCCUGUCCAACAGCCUAUCCAUCGACCAUACGCUAUCGUUUAUGCCAAAGUUCCAGACACUACUAUGCCAGAAUCGCUGAGUGCUUUUCGAGAGGUACCUAAAGAACGUCAGGACAGUAUAGAGCUCCCAUUUGCUCCAGCGCUUGUCCCAGGAAACGUUCCAGUCGUCCCUGUGACGAUAGAAACUCGUCGAAGAAAGAAAAAUAAUGAAAACAGAAAUUCGUCUCCCACAGAGUCAGUACGUGCUUCCCACUCCAAUGGCCAACAGCAAACAUCAGAGCAACAAAAUAUCUAUUAUUACGCUCCAGACCAAAAUAACGGCGUUCAUCCUCAAAGUCCAGGAAUUAGAACUGAGGUAGAACCCCGUCAACAACUCAGAGGAAAUGCAGAUCAAGGACAAUCCCAAAAUCAAAGACCUCACUUAAUUCGCCAAUCCAAUACACAAAGCCACAGACCUGCUCCUUAUUCACCACAAUCCACCAAUAGACUUCAGUUGCCCACAUUCCCCUUUCAACCACAGCAAUAUAUAAAUGCGCCACAACAACCGCCUUACUUCUUUGGAUCUCAAGAUGGAUUUCAACCAUUUUCUCCACCUUUUGGACUCGAACGUCCUCAACUGCUUGUUGAGCAACCUCCCGCACGCCAGCAGAGACAGCGACCACCAGUCCAACAGCAACCUCCCCGAACAAGGCAGCCCGAGCGUCCAUCUAAUUCUCAGAUUAUCGAAGAUCAGAAUAAAGAAAGAACGCGUGAAGAAAGGCCUACCAUUAGUAAUCAACAGCAAGGAUAUUCCGGAUUUCAGCAUCCCUUUUUUAAUGGCUUUCCUGGAUUAGGAUCCUCUUCUUUCAACAGCCCAUUUACUCAAAGGGAUCCGUCACCAUUUAGUCUGGUACCACCCUCAGAAAUUUCUCAACAGCCACCCUCUCUACCUGAUCCCCAAACGCAGAACGUCAGAUAUAACGAUCAAGGAAGACCUGUUUACAGUGCUCAGGAAGUGCCUCAAUCACAACCACAAUCAAGUUAUGUUCGAAACGAAGGUCUCAGUUCUGGAAUUCCAAUUCCAGUCCAGCCCAACAAUCAAGAUCCUACAAUUUAUGGACGAGAAAGAACAAGGCACCAAAGUGGAAACAUACAGAACCUUGCAGUUUCUCAACCACAAACGCCAUCAAGAGUAAACUCAAGACCGCUUUCACCAGACCCACCAACACGAAUACCAGAAAAAACUGAAGAGGUAUUGCAGCUACAUCCUCCAAGAAGCCUUCCAAGUAGACCAGUCCCAAGGGAAAGAGAACAACCAGAACAAUAUUCUCCUUAUGAUUCAAGAUUAUAUCAACCAGGAUACUCUCCAGAGAAUUUAAUAAUUAGACCUGAAAGACCAUCAUCUGUUCCAAUACAAAAUGGAAUCCCAAGAGAAUAUGGUCAAACACUUUCUGGCCCGGCGACUGUUUUAGUUGAGGAUUAUAGGCAAGGAAGCAGACCUAGACCUCAAAAUACUGAAAACGACCCCAGAGAAAUAAAGUACAUCCAAAGGCAGCCAUCUCCUGAUAGGAAUAUAGAACGUACUCGACAGUCUGAACGGGAAAGAGGUUCAUCCAGACCACAACCACAAUCUUCUUACUAUCAUUCACCUACAACACCUCCUCCUUCAUCAAGAAUUAGACAGUCAAGCAGAGCAAGAGAAGAAAGUAGACCGCCAACUAGGACAAGGGAAGAAACAAGACCACCAACCAGGAUAAGAGAGGAAAUUAGACCUACUACUAGGACAAGAGAAGAAACAAGAGCACCAGCAAGGAUAAGGGAAGAAACUAGGUCUCCAACCAGAACAAGAGAAGAACCCCGAGUGCCAAGUAGAACAAGAGAAAGAACAAGACAAUCAACACGAAAUGAAAGAAAUCGUCACAGAUCGAGACCUGUAGAAGAAACAGAUGUCCGAAAUGUUAUUGAAGAACUCCCUGAGUAUGGACAUCGAUCAUCUCCCCCUCCUGAUGAAAGACAAGUGAACGUAAGGACUAUACCUAUAGUUUCGGAAAUCAGACCAACAGAAGAAGAAUAUUAUCAACGACCUCCCCCAUCCAAUAUUGUGAAUGACAUUCCUAAUUCAUAUUAUACGCAAUCUCCUCCGACAACAAAUUCGAGGUAUCGAGAAAAUCCACGAGAAAGACCGUCUCAACCUCAGAUAGAAAGGCCACCAUCCGAUGUUUCUGGGCACUAUCAGCCAAAUGACUACGCCAGGCCACAAGGAUACUAUCCAGCAAAUGAAAACUACGUCAAUGUUAUUUCCACAGUAGAUGAUUCGGAAAGUAAACCACGCACAACUCCAUCGGUAACUGUAAGAAGACCGAGCAACAGAGGGUCAAGCGCAAGGGUUAGAGACUCCAACAGUCGUAGAAGACCAGAUGCUGAAAACGGAUUUAGACCAAUGACCCAAAAGCCACAAAUAGAAACCUAUUACCAUACUCGGCCUUCUGUAAAUGAAAAUAUCGAAAUAAUUGAAGAAUACAAAGCACCAGAAAAUAUCGAGGCAAAUAGGUAUCAAGAUCUGGAAGAGUUGCCACCUACAACUGUCCAAAUAUCGACAACUCAGCGGCCAACGACAAAACGCAGACCUCCUCCACCAAGACCCACUUUUCCAACUUUCCCUACAUUUCCUCCCCCUCCUCGGCGACCUUCGACAACACCCAGAACCAUAGCGGAAACUUCAGAAUUGAGAGAUGAAACUCCAGUUUCUUUUACAAAAGAACCAGAACAUUUCUCAACAUCUAGAAAUAGAAUUCAGGAGAUAGAUUUAGAAAAUAAUGAAUCCUUGCGUAAUAAAGAACACGCUGCAGAGGAUUAUGUUACCUCUAGCACUCCAGAAGUUACAACAAGACGUAGAACACGAAAAAGGAAGCAAAAGCCUCGACGACCACGUCCUACAGUAUCUUACAGUGUAGAUGAACAUACUUCUGGGGAUACAGUCAAUAAACCAACAACUGAUAAAGAAGUCACAACACAAACAACUUCUGGAAGAUCCAGCAGAUGGAGACAACAAACAAGUUCCAAUUCUCGAAAACCAACUACAACCACCCCCGUACCUGAAGUUGUGACAGUUGCUGCUUCUGCAAAAUCGGAAGAAUUCGGCAGUAGGAUUAAUCUUUUUGGAAGACAAAGGUCAAGGAAACCAGCAGCCUUAAAACCUCGUACUUCUUCGACAACACCAACAGCUCCCCUAUUAAGAGAGGAAUCUGUAAGAGUUUCUAAAGUUCCAACAAUAACAAGAGGGAAAAAACAGUUUACAAAUAAGCUCCGUUCGAGAACUACGACAACGACUACAACAGCUAAUCCGGAUACGGAAGACCCUGUCGCUCGCAGCGACGAAAAUGUGGAAUUUUAUAACUUUCAGUCUAUUGACACGACGACAGAUCAGCCUUCCUCGCCAGAAUAUGAGCAUUCAACUUCGUGGCCGAUGGAAUUAACUACCGAAUUUGUUUCUACAACCGAAUCUUAUAACCAGAUGGUAGAGACGACACCUGAAACAACAACACCAGAAUUCGACGAAGAAACAGAUCACCCGCAAAACAGCAAUGAAAAAGUUGGCGAUUUUGAAAGUACUCGAUCAGUCGUGAAGAAAUUCCAGAAUAGACCUCGUAUACUUAAGUUCGGAAAGCCCAAACUUAAAACCACAAUAUCACCCAUUGAUUUGAAUGUUGCUGAAAGCAGAUAUUUUUGAAAAGAAAAUAUAUAAAUGUUAGAAACAUCAAAGUUAUCAUUCAUCAUAGGGAACAAGAAAGUUUCGCAAAGCGUAAUGUACAUAAAACAUCAAACUGCUUAUAUUUUCUACAAAAAACUGAAUGAAGAUCUACAGAACGUCAAGAAAAUGAUCGUUUUUGUUAAUUUGUGUUAAAAAAUGAGCUUUAAGCUGUAAAAAUGUGCGAAGUUAUAAACUUAAGUGACUCUCGAUGUAUCACUUGUUUCAUCAAAAAUAAUCAGGCUGCGCCUGCUUUACUCAAUAUUUAUCAUGAGCAUCAUUUCGUAUAAAAUGGGAAACAGCCUUUCCAUUAAAAAUCUGUAUAUCGAAAGUAAUAUAGUUAGAAGUAUUGACGAGUGCCAUGAUUAGUACUAUGGACAAUUUUUUACUGUAUAGAAGCAUAGGAAUUUGUAGGACUUUCCUCGGGAAAGUUUUGACUUUAAAAAGAAAGUAAUAUUUAGAAGAUAUCAUGCAAAAACAAGAAACAGUGAAGUGUUCCUUCGUUUUCCAGAUUAUUCAGAGAGAGAACAUUCAUUAUAUGUUUCGAUAAAAAUGUCUUAUUUUUAUAAAAUAUUUUCUAGAAACUGUCAGAAAUAAUAAAAUUAUAAAUAUUUAUUUUCA